AUGUCCUCCGAAGUGGCAGGAACAACUGAGCCUCCGACUUCCAGCCCGGCCCAGCCUGGGGAUAAGAAGAAGAGUUCGGGGAGGAAGAAACGCCAGAACGAUGGAGCGGAGGUGGCAGAAGGCGAGCGGGACUCCCCGGAAGCCCAGGCCGAGAUCGAGCGCCUGACCAGAGCUGGGAGCCAGGCCCUGGCUCAGGAGCUCUCCGAGGAGGCGCUGGCCUCUUUCAAGAAGGCCUUCCUGGUCUCGUUGGACCUGAGGGAGCAGCGGGUGCGGAGGGCCUGCGCCUUCAACCUGGGCGCGGCCUACGUGGCCUCGGGUAGGCCCGAGAAAGGCCUGGACUUCCUGCUCCGCUCGCAGCCCGCCCGGGGCGGCGAGAGGCAGGGCGACCUGCACUUCAACCUGGGGGUGGCCCGCGAGGGGAUGGGCGACUUGCCGGGCGCCAUCGAGCACUACCAGCAGGCCUUGGGCCACUACCAGGGCCAGCGGGCCCAGGGCGAGGCGGACACCCGCAUGAAGCUGGCCGGCUGUCAGGCCCGGGCGGGGGACCCAGCCCAGGCCGGCUGCUGCUACCAGAGGGCGGGCCAAGCCUACCGGCAGGCCGGGAGCCCGGACCUUGCCGCCGUCGCCCUCAACGAGGCCGCCUGCCACAUGCUGCAGUGCCGGCGGUUCACCGCCGGGGAAAUCACCGAGGUGUUAAACGAGUGCCGCACCGUCUGCCGCCACAUCCAGAACAAGGGCCUGCUCGGGAAGCUCUACAACGACAUCGGACUCAGCUACUCGCAGCUGAGGAUCUUCCCUCAGGCAGCUGAGUGUUUCGAAAUGGCCCUCCCCUACUGCCAGCGGGACAAGUCGGAGCAGCAGAAGGAGGCCGUGGUCCUCCAGAAUCUGGGCGCCGUCUACAACACCACGGGUGACUACAGCAGAGCCCUGGGCUUCCACCAGAGCGCAGCGGCCUUACACGGGUCGAUUGGAAGCCGGAAUGCACAGGGCCAGUGCUUCUGCAAUUUGGCCUACGCCUUUAGUCAGCUGGGAGACCACGAAGACACGGCAGAGAACUACCUGCAUGCGCUUCAAGCUUUCAAAGAUACCGGAGAUUUUCAUGGACAGUGGCAGGCCUGUGAAGGCCUCGGAGCCACCAGGUUCCGUCUGGGAGACCCCGCAAAGGCCAUCCUUUACUACAAGCAGGCCCUCGCCGCUCUUGUCAAGUCGCAGGAACCCACUGGCUCAGCACAGGAAAGGAUUGUGAAUAAACUGGCAGAUGCCAUUCAGUACAAACUGUCUCUGAACAGCGCAUUGCGUCAUGCUGGGGGCAUCCCUCCAGCCAUGCCUUUGGUAAGUGUUUUACACACAUUUAAACAGCUGUCCAUCUGA